AUGCAUCUGCACCGGCAGCAGCAGGACAUUCAUUUAAACUAUCGCUCAGAGUCUGGUAAACUACAUGCUCUGAUUAACCUUUCAGCUCAAUCUCCGCUUCUCAAGUUGACUGCGUUAAAUAAGCGGCCCGGUUUACUUUCUCGCACGGCACUCAUCUCAGUUCUUCACCAUCGUCAAACAAAGACCUCCAAGUGCGUACAUCUACCUGAGUCUGUUUAUUCAUUCUUCUCCCAUGUUGAACUCGCCUUUGAUCAGGCCGAUUUAACCGUCAAGAAAUCGACAUCGCAUCUAGGUGACCGAAAGUUAUGGAACCUCCCCCAACACAUACAGAGUGCAACGAACCAUAUUACUACGGUAGUGUUCAUCCGCAACGAUCCUCCCCCCCUUUUUAGCGGAAAUGAGCCGCCGACGGAAGAAACGUUGCUGCCUUUAAAAUCAUCAGCAUAUCGCGUAGCCGCUGCCAUCGACGAAGUACAGGCCGAAGUUUCUCGCGUAAGCGACCCGAGAAUUCUGAAAUUCUUGAAGAAUAAGUGCAGACGGCUCUGCGCGAUCAACGAUGAAUACAAGGCGGUUUUGUCGUCUCUCCGUCGUGUGCCAUUAGAGGUUCUCGCGGAGAUAUUAUCUGCGGUCUGCAGGCCUGGAUACAACACGGAUGCAUAUUAUGAUGUUUUCGCCAUACAAAAGGGUCCGUGGGCUCUUUCUAGAGUGUGCCGAACUUGGCGCCAAGUAUCGCACACUCUCUGCGCAGAGAUUUGGUCUACUAUGUCAGUUUGGGUUUCGGGGUAUCUGGGUCGAAGGAGAAAAUAUCCUAUCUCCUUGUCACGAGCUGCGCUCUCGGAUCGUGGGGGCCACCAACUGUCGCUUUCCGUGCAUGAUAGCGGUUCCAUGUUUCCCGGACUUGGAAUGCGGAGGCUCUCGCAACAAUGGAAUUCGGCCACUUUUUACAUUUCUCAAGGGCUCUUCCAGUUUCUUUCUUCCCUUCAUGGAAGAAUCUCUGAACUGGUAGCCUUACAUAUCCGUGUCAACUUGCCACCUCUUGAUGAUCCUAUUACUGGAACAUUUGAUGCUCUGGCGAUCGCGCCGUGUUUAAAACGUCUGUUUUUUGACGGGAUGGAAUCUGACCUAAUUCCUAUCCUUGAGACGUCUCACCUGGUCACAUUCCGCGACGACAGGUCUGUGGAUCAUGUAGGUAUCCUAUAUCGUAUGUAUCUGGACAUAAUCUACAACGCUCGCUCACUAGAGAAAUUUAACAUUGGACAUCAGGAUCAGGGCGCCUUCGUCGCCCUGCCUGUCGCUUUCCCCCCAAUCGUGCAUCGAGUCCUCCACGACUUGACUGUUUGCGAAGGUGCAUUCUUGCGCAGCCUUGAUCUGCCUAAUCUCACUUCAGCUACAAUACAAACAUGUUCCUCAGCCUGGGAGGCGGUCCCUACUAGUCCAGAUGUGCUUCCCGCGUUUCAUGACCUCAUAGUACGCUCGCGGUGCAUCCUCACGAGUUUAACCAUCACAGAUACACAGCUCGAUGAGCAUAUUCUCCACAUCCUCUCUUUGUGUUCGCAACUCGCCAAAUUAGAAUUGCGCUUCUCUCGAUGGACAGAGUCUGAUCCCAAUGAUCCUGUUCUCCAGACUAUCAUCGAGAGGAUGACCGAAACGGCCGCCGUUGAUUCCCAUAAACUUGUUCUCGUUCCUCUAUUGAAGGACUUCAAUGUGUCUAUGUUCGAUCCCAACUGA